CAAUUUAUAUGUUUUAAGAGAUUAAUGGCACCUCUCAGAAGACUGUAAUGGUCCGAGGGGACGUUGGCCACAGCUGACGAAGAACGCCCAGACCCGACGAUGCAGGCCACGAUAUUGAGCCGAAUUUCGAGUGUUGCGAAGGCGCAGCUGGCCCGUAGCCCAGCAGCCACAAGUGGCCUCGCCUCGGUUAGCCAGCAUCGUCAUGCAUCUCACGAGGCCGACUUGGUGGUAAUUGGCUCUGGUCCUGGAGGCUAUGUGGCAGCUAUCAAGGCUGCACAGCUUGGCAUGAAAACAGUUUGUGUGGAAAAGGAAGGUACAUAUGGAGGGACAUGUCUCAAUGUUGGCUGCAUUCCCUCAAAGGCCCUUCUCAAUAAUUCUUACUAUUACCACAUGGCUAAAAGCAAGGACUUCGUGGAACGUGGAAUUGAGGUAGACAAUGUAAGGCUGAACUUGGAGAAACUUAUGGGUGCAAAAGAGAAAGCUGUGACAGCUCUCACUGGCGGCAUUGUUCACCUCUUUAAGAAUAAUAAAGUCCUCGGCCUUAAGGGUCAUGGCAAGAUCACAAGUCCUAAUGAAGUGACAGUUCUGAAGGACGAUGGUACAAAUGAUAUUGUGAAGGCCAAGAAUAUCCUUAUUGCUACCGGGUCAGAAGUUACUCCAUUUCCGGGCAUUGAGAUUGACGAAGAUGUGAUCGUGUCGUCAACUGGUGCCCUGAAGCUGAAAAAGGUUCCCGAGAAAAUGAUUCUGAUUGGUGCUGGAGUUAUUGGUUUAGAAUUGGGGUCAGUAUGGUCUCGACUAGGUGCUCAAGUGACUGCCGUGGAAUUUCUUGGCACAAUUGGUGGUUUGGGAAUUGAUGGAGAAAUGUCAAAGAACUUCCAAAGAAUCCUUACAAAGCAAGGCAUAAAGUUUAAACUCAGUACUAAAGUUGUUAGUGCCACUAAGACAGGUGAAAAGAUCACCGUGUCUGUGGAAGCAGUAAAGGAUGGCAAGAAAGAAGAUUUGGAGUGCGAUACACUAUUAGUGAGUGUUGGCCGUCGCCCUUACACCUACAAUCUUGGUCUUGAGGAACUUGGAAUAGAGAAGGAUGCAAAGGGAAGAAUUCCCGUCAAUUCUCGAUUCCAGACUGUAAUUCCAAACAUUCAUGCCAUAGGUGACUGCAUUCAUGGUCCCAUGCUUGCUCACAAGGCCGAGGACGAAGGUAUAGUCUGUGUGGAAGGCAUCGCAGGUGGCCCGGUACAUAUUGAUUACAAUUGCGUACCAUCUGUUAUUUAUACUCACCCAGAGGUGGCAUGGGUUGGAAAAACUGAGGAAGAUCUGAAAGCUGAGGGUGUGGAAUAUGCUGUUGGCAAGUUCCCCUUUGCAGCAAAUUCACGUGCCAAGUGCAACAAUGAUACAGAUGGCUUGGUGAAGAUUUUGGCAGAUAAACACACAGACCGCCUGCUUGGUGCACACAUCGUCGGACCGGGUGCUGGGGAAAUUAUUAAUGAAGCUGCUCUUGCCAUGGAGUAUGGCGCCAGCUGUGAAGAUGUUGCUAGAGUCUGCCAUGCCCACCCUACAUGCUCGGAAGCUUUUAGGGAAGCCAAUCUAGCGGCUUACUUUGGGAAACCUAUUAAUUUCUAAAAAGCAUUUAAGUUAAGAAUGUUGUAUGGACAUACCCUUAAUGUUUAUCAAUGUAGCAGUGAGAGUUGUACAAUACAUUUUCACACUAUUGUAUCAAAUUCAGAGCAUGACUACAUUUUUCUUCAUGCAAUGUAUUAUUUAUUUGCCACAAGACCUCUGAAGAAAUCACUUUCACUGCUUUGGCUUGUGUGUAUUUUUUAAAGAAAGAAUAUACAUAACUGUUACUAGAUAUUCACACAUGGUAAAUUUAUUGAUGGCGUGAUAGUUUUUAGUAAUUUGCAAUUUAUGCUAAAUUUCAAAAGUAUUUGGGUCUCGACUGUUUUCACGAAGUAAGGUGGGGUCACAUUUGUAUAUAGCUGUUCAUAUUCGUAUAGCUUGUCAUAUCUUUCAAAAAGAUGUGAGUUGUAAAUUAUCUCGCAAAGAGGUUUUAGUAUUUAAGUAAACAUAUAUUAUUUAAAA